UUAGAGGACGCAAAGCGACACCACGAUCCUAUUUAUGUACAUUGCAAGGCAGGAAAAUCUCGAUCGGUUACUGCAAUUCUCGCGUAUCUUAUUUCAUCCGAGCGCUGGACUCUGAAGCAAGCGUACUGCCAUGUUAUCAAAGCAAGGCCCAAUAUGUCUCCCAACAUUGGAUUUAUCGCCGAACUGAUGAAGAUGGAAGGAAAAGUUCAUGGCCGAGUGAGCAGUUUUAUGGAAACAGAUUGGCAAUCCACUGCACAUGCUAGUGCAGCAUUUACUUAUGAAAUUGACCAGUUACAGCUUGCCUGGCAAAAUUCACCUUUGGACACAGCCCAGCCAAUGUCUUUAAAGUAG